UUACACAGUUUUUACUAAACUAAUGCUGUUGAUCAUGUAGUGGUUCUACUGAGUUCUGUUGAUGAGGGUUGAUCAGGGUAGAUCAGUGUGGACAACAUUGUUAUCAGAGCACAUCUCCUUGAUACCUCCAAUUUGUAGAAGGAAGGUCCUGAUAUGGAGACAGCAGCCUAUCUAUCAGUAGGAGAAAGGUCCUGAUAUGGAGAGAGCAGCUUACUCAGCUGUUUAGGUCCAACAGUCCUUUGGAUUAGGAGGAAGGGUGUGCUGGAGAGCAAAGGAGUAUUGGAGUCACAGAAGACAGAGGGAACGAUUGGUAAUGUACUCUCUAGUGUAACUGACUGAGGGAGGUAUGCUAUGGCGGUGUCUCAGAGUAGUGUUAGUACUUGGAGCAGUAAGCAGGUGUCUGGCUGGCUGAAGCAGGAGGGGUUUGGACAGUAUGUGGAGCUGCUGUGUUCUAAACACCGUGUGGAUGGCCCCAGCCUGCUGACUCUAGGGGAGGCUGACCUGCGUGAACCCCCUCUGGGCCUCACUGUGCUGGGGGACAUCAAGAGGCUGGCCCUGGCCCUGCGGAGGCUCCAAAGACAGAACCAGGAGCAACUAGAGGAGCUGGGGAUAGGGUUAGGGGGAUUAGGGGCUGCUGCUGGGGGACACAGGGCCUGUCACAGGGAUGACUCGGGGGAUCACAGGGCUGACAGGCGGUGUAACGGAGGGGAACGUGUGUGUAACGGGGCAGGGCGCUGUCAGGUGGACUGUGGGGUCUCAGAGUUAUGGUCAGGGUCACGACCCCGGUCAGGGACGGAGUUAGAAGAAGACCAGUGCCACAUUCACUCCACUGGGGACAGGAAGUGCCUUCUAGGGCGUCUGGACCCGGAGCUGUGGAAGACAGUAGUCAGCUCUGUUUACGUCAUGCUCGUCUUCGGAUUUACCUCCUUCGUCAUGGUGAUCGUCCACGACCGCGUUCCCGAUAUGACAAUUUACCCGCCACUGCCCGACAUCUUCCUGGACAGUGUACCCAGAAUCCCUUGGGCUUUUGCAAUGGCGGAGGCUUGUGGUCUAAUCCUAGUUUACAUCUUCCUGUUGGUGCUACUACUACACAAACACAGGUCUAUCAUAUUGCGGCGUCUGUGUUCUCUGAUUGGAACAGUGUUUCUGCUGCGUUGCGUCACCAUGUUUGUUACCUCCCUCUCUGUGCCUGGACAACAUCUACAGUGCUCCAGUAAGAUGUAUGGUGAUACGUGGUCUAAGGUCCAGAGGGUGUUAGCUAUAUGGAGUGGCUUUGGCAUGACGCUGAAUGGAGUGGAUACCUGUGGAGAUUACAUGUUCUCUGGUCACACUGUGGUACUCACCAUACUCAACUUCUUCAUCACAGAGUAUACUCCUCGUAGCUGGCAUCUGAUCCAUACCAUCUCCUGGGUCCUGAAUCUGUUUGGCAUCUUCUUCAUCCUGGCGGCUCAUGAGCACUACUCCAUAGACGUGUUCAUUGCUUUCUACAUCACCACCAGACUGUUCCUGUACUACCACACUCUGGCCAACACCAGGGCCUUCCAACACAGCCGUCGCGCUCGGAUCUGGUUUCCCAUGUUCUCCUUCUUCGAGUGUAACGUCAACGGUCCUGUUCAUAACCAGUACAACUGGCCCUUCAGUGGGCCUGCCUGUAUGAAGUCACUGAUUGGAUAAUGCAACGCAGCACACACACACACACAGGUAGGGUUAGGCUUUAGUGAGUGUCAGGGUUCCACGCAGCGCACACACACACACACACACACACACACACACACACACACACACACACACACACACACACACACACACACACACACACACACACACACACACACACACACACACACACACACACACACACACAGGUAGGGUUAGGCUUUAGUGAGUGUCAGGGUUCCACGCAGCGCACACACACACACACACACACACACACACACACACACACACACACACACACACACACACACACACACACACACACACACACACACACACACACACACACAGGUAGGGUUAGGCUUUAGUGAGUGUCAGGGUUCCACGCAGCGCACACACACACACACACACACACACACACACACACACACACACACACACACACAGGUAGGGUUAGGCUUUAGUGAGUGUCAGGGUUCCACGCAGCACACACACACACACAGGUAGGGUUAGGCUUUAGUUAGUGUCAGGGUUCCACACACACACACACACAGGUAGGGGGAGGCUUUAGUGAGUCUCAGGGAUCCACGCAGCACACACACACACACACAGGUAGGGGGGGCUUUAGUGAGUCUCAGGAAUCCACGCAGCACACACACACACACACACACACAGGUAGGGGGAGGCUUUAGUUAGUCUCAGGGAUCCACGCAGCACACACACACACACACACACAGGUAGGGGGAGGCUUUAGUGAGUCUCAGGGAUCCACGCUGCACACACAUACACACAGGUAGGGGGAGGCUUUAGAUAGUGUCAGGGUUCCAUUGGCCAGAUUUUAACUCCAACCUGGGGAAUUAACUAUGUUCUACAUUCUAAAAAAUUGCAUAUUUUACUUUCAGUAUUAUACAGAUAAUGUAUGGAUAGCAGUAGAUAUUGAUCUGUGUAUAAUGUAUGUUGUUUAUUGAUGAGUUAAAUCAGUUAGUUGUGUGUUAGGGUAUGUAGCUGGCCAUAUUUAACAUAUUGGAAUCUGUGCUUCAUUAACAUCAUGUAUGUACACUGAGUGUACUAGACAUUAGGACUGUUUCCACGACAUAGACUGACCAGGUGAAUCAAGGUGAAAGUUAUGAUCCCUUAUUGAUGUUACUUGUUAAAUCCACUUCAAUCAAUGUAGAUGAUGGGGAGGAGACAGGUUAAACAAGGAUUUUUAAGCCUUGAGACAAUAGAGACAUGGAUUGUGUAUGUGUGCCAUUCAGAGGGUGAAUGGACAAGACAAAAUAUUUAAGUGCCUUUGAACAGGGUAUGGUAGUAGGUGCCAGGCGUACCGGUUUGAGUGUGUCAAGAACUGCAACGCUGCUGGGUUUUCACACUUAACAGUCCUACCACCCAAAGAACAUCCAGCCAAUGGGUCAUUGAUGAAACAGGACAGAGAAAGCUGUGCAGAGCAACAGAUGGGCUACAGUUAGUCACCUGACAGUCCAGUACAACAUUGCUGCCCAAAGACCCAUAAAAUAAUGCACAACUCAUCGUAACCUUGACACGAAUGGGGUUAGGCAGUUGACUACCUUACAGAGUUCCACUUCUUUCAGCGAAAAACUAAAAACUGUGGUUGCAGUGAGCUAAGGACCGAAAACGCUGGACACUGGAGAAUUGGAAAAACAUUUUCUGGUCUGAUGAAUCCUGGUUCCUGCUGUUUCACUCUGAUGGGAGCACUAGGGUAUGGAGAAUACCAUGAGUACAUGUAUCCAUCAUGUUGUGAUGGGAGGACUAGGGUAUGGAGAAUACCAUGAGUACAUGUAUCCAUCAUGUUGUGAUGGGAGGACUAGGGUAUGGAGAAUACCAUGAGUACAUGUAUCCAUCAUGUUGUGAUGGGAGGACUAGGGUAUGGAGAAUACCAUGAGUACAUGUAUCCAUCAUGUUGUGAUGGGAGGACUAGGGUAUGGAGAAUACCAUGAGUACAUGUAUCCAUCAUGUUGUGAUGGGAGGACUAGGGUAUGGAGAAUACCAUGAGUACAUGUAUCCAUCAUGUUGUGAUGGGAGGACUAGGGUAUGGAGAAUACCAUGAGUACAUGUAUCCAUCAUGUUGUGAUGGGAGGACUAGGGUAUGGAGGAUACCAUGAGUACAUGUAUCCAUCAUGUUGUGAUGGAGCACUAGGGUAUGGAGGAUACCAUGAGUACAUGUAUCCAUCAUGUCGCGUGCCAACAUUGCAGCUUGUUGGUAUGAUGGUGUGGGGUGUGUUUUCAUGGCACACAUUGGACCCCUUGAUAAAUGUGGAGCAACGUUUAAAUGUCACAGGAUAUCUGAACAUCAUUGCCAGUCAGGUACAUCCCUUCAUGGCAGCAUUGUAUCCAUCUGCAAGUUGAUUUUUUUCAGCCCCAUGCCACAAGGCUAGGAUUGUCAAGGAAUGGUUCCACAAACAUGACAGUGAAUUCAGCUCACUGCAGUGGCCUGCCCAGUCGCCAGAUGUCAAUCCAACUGAGCAUCUGUGGGAUGAGAUGGAACGAGCUAUUCAGAGUAGAGAUCCAAACCCGCCAACUUAACACAACUAUGGGAAGCACUGGAGAUAACAUGGGCCAGCAUCCCUGUGGUGGGGAAAAAAGUGGAUGCAAAUCAAUAUUGGGAAGGUAUCCCUAAUGUUUUGUGCACUCAGUGUAUGUUUUAGUUCAUUUAUUGAUUUUUAAAACCAGAUAUUUUUUAUUUAACUAGGCAAGUCAGUUAAGAACAAAUUCUUAUUUACAAUGAUGGCCUACCCCGGCCAAACCCGGUGUAACAAGUGCGCUGAGAGUCGGGAAGCAAGUUUAGGGAGUGAGUGUUUUACUAAAUAAAAGAAAAAAUGAACACGAAACACAAACAAUGCACCGACAUGAAAACAGAGUCAAUAACACCUGAGGAAAGAACCAAGGGGAGUGACAGAUAUAGGGAAGAUAAUCACGGAGGUGAUGGAGUCCAGGUGAGGGUCAUGAGGCGCUGAUGCACGUGAUAAUGGUGACAGGUGUGUGGGAUAAUCAGAUAAUCUGUUCUGUUGUUCUAUUGGACUCUAGAUCCUGUUCUGUUGUUCUAUUGGACACUAGAUCCUGUUCUGCAGUUCUAUUGGACACUAGAUGCUGUUCUGUUGUUCUAUUGGAGAGUAGAAUCAGUUGUGUAUAAAUGUUUUUGAACUAAAAACGGUUUGUGACUUGCUUGUGAAUGUGUAUGUAUAGCUAUUUAAUUAAACACUUGCUCAGCUGUGCAAAAGUUCAUCAGUUGAAACAGC